AUGCUCGAGUUUGGUUACAAGAAGCUUCCUGUCUACUGCUACAUGGAUGGUGAUGACCUUGGUGAUUGUGGAGGCGGAGGAUGGACGCUGGUCAUGAAAAUUGACGGCUCAAAGGUGUUAUUCGUUCAAGUUAUAAGAAAACAUGGACCACGUAAAUGUCAGUGGACCAGUUCAAUGAGUGAAGAAGCGAAAGUUGGCCUUGCGGCGCCAACCGAAAACAAGGCAUACAUGCUCGAGUUUGGUUACAAGAAGCUUCCUGUCUACUGCUACAUGGAUGGUGAUGACCUUGGUGAUUGUGGAGGCGGAGGAUGGACGCUGGUCAUGAAAAUUGACGGCUCAAAGGUUGAAUUGCUCCGAAUAGUUCAUUUGCUUAAUUGUGUCUUGCAGAAAACGUUCCACUACGAUUCAUCUUACUGGACCGACCUGAAAUCAUAUGGAGUCCAUGAGGGGAAAACUGGUUUGGACGGGAUGGAGGCCAAGCUACCAUCCUACUGGGCCACACCCUUUACCAAGAUCUGCCUUGGGAUGACGAUUGGGGUAGAAACCAGAUUCUAUCUUCUGGACAAGGAGGCUAGCUCGCUCUACUCCCUGAUUCAGGAUGGUAAACACCGUCCUACCAACCUGGGUCGCGACGAAUGGAAGAAGUUGAUCGGUUCUCAAGCCUCCCUGCAGCAAAACUGCGAAAAAGAAGGUUUCAAUGUUCUGAGUGACAAUGCCGGUUCAUCCAAGGCACGGAUAGGCAUUGUGGGCAACAAUGAAGAUGAUUGCAUCACCAGCGACUCCAGAAUCGGGUUUGGUACUGGAGGAUAUCCAGACGACACCAACACGUGUGGGAACGUGGCUCAGCACGGAGGAGAUAGUGGAGACGAAUUCAUCAAGGCCAUUGGAUACAUCUUCGUUCAGUGAACAAAACUGAACUGUUCACAUCAGAAAAUAAGAGGGGCAAAGCUUAACAUCAAAUGAUGUUCAAAGUUAAGGUUCCAAAACCAUAACUUGUAUAAAAAUGGCAACUAGAAUAGGGGUUACUGCAUCGCUGGUAUGUAUCAAAUAAAAUGGGUUAAAAGAAUCCAGUAUCACGUUUCCUUUGAUCUUGUGCUUCACACGAACCCUUUCUUUUGACAGAGCUAGAAUUGGACUUAGUAUCGUUAUUUGGGAACGGACGGAAGUGAAAUCCACCAAAGUGUGAUUUUGAAAAAAAACAUUCCAAAAAUUUUAUUCGACACAUGCUAAUAAUUUUUUUUCGCUCAUUCCACACACAUUUUAGUAAAAUAUUGAUCUAACAGUGCCUAAGAAUUGACUUGGAUCACUGACACUUUCUUCAAGAAAGUUCUCAA